AUGAAUGUGUGGUUGCAUACCUACACCCUUGACGUUCCUUUUUUUUUGAAAAAUGUUCGUCAUACAGGAAUUGAGUUGUUCGGCCGUGAAUACACCUUUUCCAUGGACGGAAUAAUAACAUGCAAACCAAAGAAUUCAACUGUUGGACAAUAUUGUAAAAGUUAUGAACUAAAAUGUAUAAAGUUAAGUUACUCUCAGUUUUCAGAAAUAUUAAAUGCUAUUGGAAAAAUUUAUAGACCAAACACUUAUAAUUUUAUAUACAAAAACUGCAAUCAUUUUUGUGAUGAUUUAUUUGAAUUAUUAAGUGGGAAAAGAUUAUUUCAUACGUUUAUGUUUUAUUCAAGAUUAGGUAAAAUAUUUGGUAAUUUCAAAAAUGUAGCUUUGUGUGGUUAUAUUAAUUCUAUGGAAAUCUCAAGGAACGAUAAAACUUUAUAUAUUUAUGCUUUAAAUUUAUCAAAAUCAAUUCUCAAAAAAAAUAAAAAUAAAAGAGCUGUAUUGUAUAUUAAUGAUAUUAAUGAUACUAAUGAUUUUAGUGAUAUUGAUGAUAUUAAUGAUAUUAAUGAUAUUAACAAUUUUAAUGAAAAUUAUCAUCAAAAUUAUGUUACUACCCCUUUAUAUGUUGUUCCAUAUAGAACAUAUGCAAGUUAUCCUUGUGUAAAUCAAAAUAUAUAUUACACUGAAAAUUUCGUAAAUAACUCAAUGGAUGAUUUAAAUGAUGGCAUGCACAACAUUUUCCAUCAUAACAGUCUAUUCGACAAUAUGUAUUUCUUUAGAAUACGUGGAAACUUUUCAAUGAUAUGA